AUUUGGUGGCUGUCUGCGUCCGUGCACGUGCCUCUGAGUAUGUCUGAGGAUCCGAGCGAAUGAGUUUGUGCGCACCAUGCAUGCUUCCAAGAGCUCGUUGAUGUCAUUGUAAUAAGCAGGCAGUGAUGUAGGGCUGUCGUUACAUAAAUGCAGCAGGAAAUGACUGAGUGAUAGAAAUUGGAGCAUGGGGUCCCAACCUUGUCCCGUUCAGCAGCCCACAUGAGCGUCUCCAAACCACCGCCGCCCCCUUCCGCCACCCACCUUGCCAUCCCUCCUUCCUCUACUUGCACGCCCUCCUCAUCCGCCUCCUCCCCAUCGGCCCCGCCUCCUCCCUCACCGGUCAAGAUUUCUAUGCAGGAGCACUUUGCCAUCAACGUGUGCCCGGGGCCCAUCCUCCCUAUCCCGCAAAUCUCAGACUUCUUCCCCCGUUUCCACGACUACCCCUGCACACCGCCUCCCCCGCGGGAGAAGAAGAUCCUGAAAGAGGAGACCUUCAACGGGGAGAUGGGUGGAGGCUUCAAAGAUGGCGAGAGGCGGGGGGACAACAGUGGGGAUAGGGAGGAAGUAGCUGACUCUGAUGAUGAUGACACAUACUUGGGGACAUUGGAGUUCACCCUGCUGUUUGAUCAGGAGAAUAACUGCCUCCACUGCACCGUUCACAAGGCAAAGGGACUGAAAGCCAUGGACUCCAAUGGGCUUGCCGAUCCAUACGUCAAGCUUCAUCUUCUGCCUGGGGCGAGCAAGGCGAACAAACUUCGCACAAAGACUCUGAAGAACACACUAAACCCAGUGUGGAAUGAGGAACUGGUGUAUCAUGGAAUAACAGCGGCUGACAUGACCACCAAAACACUCAGGCUGUGUGUAUGUGACAUGGACAGACUUGGACGAAAUGAAUUCAUCGGUGAGGUGAGAGUUGCCCUGAAGAAGCUCAGAGAGGGCGAGAACAAGCGUUACAAUAUGGGCUUGGAGAGAAUUGCACAGAACAAAGAAUCAAACAAUCAAGCGGUAGAGCCGGGAUCGCUGGUGGCUGAAGAGGAGCGCGGACGCAUCCUGGUGUCGUUGUGCUAUAACACAGAAAAGGGCUGCCUGCUGGUUGGGAUCAUACGCUGCGCCCAUCUGGCCGCCAUGGACUCCAACGGCUACUCUGACCCCUUCGUCAAAAUCAUCUUACAGCCAGACAUGGGGAAAAAGUCCAAGUACAAGACAUCAGUGAAGAAAAAGACUCUCAACCCUGAAUUCAAUGAGGAGUUUUCCUAUGAGGUGACUCUGGACUUACUGGCAAAGAAAACCCUUGAGAUCUCAGUGUGGGACUACGAUUUGGGAAUGAGCAAUGACUUCAUAGGUGGUGUGGAGCUGGGAAUCAACGCAAGCGGACAGAGACUCAGACACUGGUUCGAGUGUCUCAAAAACAAAGGGAAGAAAGUGGAGUAUUGGCAUACGCUCACACAGCAAGGGGCCCCGAGCAGCGACAAAACGGACUAAAUCACAGCAGAGCAGAGGCACAAUAAACACACAAGAACAGCCCCAUGAAAGAUAUCUAAAGAAACAUAAACAACAUGCAAUAAUAGUAAUGUGAUAGCGAUGAAAAUGAAAUCUAUCAUUUAAUGACAACAGCACCGAUUAUUUGUAAAUGAUCUUCAUUCUGACAUCAGUGAUGUUAAUAAGGUGUGGUGUUUAUUUUUUUAAGGUAAACCAAAUUGUCCUCAUGAGUGUAACAAAGUGAUACACACUACUUUGUCAUUUAGACCUUGUGGAAGUCACUCUUAUGUCCUUGUUGGAAUGUACAAAUAAUGAUGAGGUGAUUAGAAUUCACUUGAGGCCAGCAGAUGCGUGAACCCGUGUGACUCUUUGGGCCUGAUUUACUAAGAUCUUAAAUAGAUAGCACUAACUUGAUUGUACACUCUAAAAUAUUGCCAACGCUGAAGGUGGUGAUCAACCGAGGUUGCCACUUUUUAUUGAAGAUCCUUGUGAACUUACUGAAACAGAUUGUUGAAAACAGGUUUAAGAGUGGUGUAAUCAAAAGAUGGUUUGGACCGUGGAAUAUUUAAGAAGUAAUAGAAGUGGAAGCGAAGCCUUACAAUUGAGUUGUCGAAAAUAAAUCAAUGAUUUUGAUACAUGUCGUUUGGGGAGCUGCAUAAAAGUCAUGUUUUCGUUGAUUGAACUUGUCCCAAGUGCGUGACAAAUGGAUGUCACAGUCCGCAAAUGCAGAGCUGAAUUGAAUUCUUUAAUGUGAUAUGGCAUAACUCCUUCAUGUGACUAUCUCAAAGACAGCUCUUCAAACUCCCAAAAUUGCAUUGGUGAAUUGACAACAUGUCACAAUGAUUUUAGUCUGUGAAAUGUCAAUGUUUACACAGCGGACAAGUUCUCCUGCCAGCGUUAUGAGUUUGCGUUCCGGUUUGCACCUGCCUUUCUGAGGUGCUUUUAAAAGACACAAAACUAGCCUUUAAAAUUUGUCUCAGGUUUAUUAAAUCACAUUGAGCGUAGUAAUGCAUGUGCUCCUCCUCAUAAAGAAUUGUGCGGCAAUCCUGGGUUAGUAGUUCAGCUCCCUCAUCUGUUUGUAAGCCAUUUUUGCACACACAAACCUUUAGUAGAUCAGGCCCACAGUGUCAAUGCAUCGCUAUUGUGGCUUGUAUUGUAACACAGCAUUGUUACUCUAUGAUAUGAAGCACAAAGUUGAUCCAGUCAGUGGAUUUGUUCCUUUAACAUGUCAGUCUUUUUAACUGUUUGUCUUUCAUUGUCUUUGUGACUCUGUAGUCUGUGUGCAUGUGCGUGUGAAGCAGGCUUGGAGAAUUUCAGUGCCUCAAUUUUCUGUCUGUGCAGCAUCUCUUUUCACAUCGUGCCCCGAUCACAACUGAACUUCAAGAAGCACAGUGUUUGCAUGAGUGUGUGACAGAAAGACACAAGGACAAGAAAGCGGCACACUCCAGAGAAACCUUUUGCUGCCUCCAGUGGUUGCAGUGAUAAUUACGUCAUCUCAUAUCUCAGUCAGAAAAACUUUUGAGGCACAUGCACAAUUCAAUGAGAUCCAAUACAAAAACUGUCCUUUAAAAAGACAAGGAAGCUCACUUUUGAGUGAUGGUGUCAGCGAAGGCUUUAUUAUAUUUAUGAAUUAGCGGCGACCUCGCACUCAGAGGUGUUUGCACUGUUCUAACAAAAUCAUACAAAAUGAGCAGCUUCUGUAUAGGUUCUCUUUUGAUUGUGUGCUUAAUGAAGUGUUCAAUGAGUGUUUAUGCCUUCGUACAUUGACUUAGCUGCAUGCUCACAGAUAUGCAGAAAGAUUGAUGUCUGGGAGGUAAGCUUUUUAUUGUUACUUCAAGUGUGCAAUAUCAAUCAAUAAAUGAUGCAACUUUUAUUUCCUGCAGGCCGAUAUAACGCUAGCAAUUUAUCUAUUUGUGAAUGUUGUCACUUGAUUUAUGGGAGUAGCGUUGCUUACAGCUCAUCGAAUACAUCUUUAUACGGUCCGUCCUUGGACACUCAUGACAUAAGGACUUAAUUACGAAUUCUGGGAUCACUGUUUACUGAAUAUCAAGUUUAUUUUUCUUCACUGAAUGGGAAAGAUAAGACAAAGUGUCUGUAAAAAACAUGUCAUGGUCAUAAACAAAAGCCCCCGCCGCUGAAUCUCUGCAUGACUUAGGCUUAGUAGCUAUCAUUUAUCAACACAGCUCUAACCAGGCUCUGGUCCACUAAAGCACACACACAGUAAGGCAGAGCCCUGUUGGAGCCAUUAGUCCAAUCGAUCCAUUAAGUCCUUCGACAACCUUGUGAAUAUCUCUGGAUGUGGAGAAAAGAAGAGUGUUCCGAAGUGGAGAAAGGACUCGGGUUUCAAACUAAAGCUAUGAAGAUCCUGGAGUCUAGCUCAGAAACGGUCGCCAGUCAGUCUCAUGGUACAUAUAGAGACAGACAACACCACAGUCAGACCUUUGAUGGCUUUAACAAAUGAAAACGAUUGUGAUCAUAUUUUGUCAGCAAUUCCACCCUCUUGCAUGCUUUGCCUUCAUUUGAUCCGCAAUGUAGCUGCAUGUUUAGCAAUAAUCCUCAGUUUGUACUGCGGCGCGUGCUGAUGUGUUGACAGUUCAAGUCGUCCGUCCUGCCAUCAGGGUGCUUGUUUGUGCAGGUUGUCAUUCAGGGUGCUUGCAUUCUACAAUUUUGACACUUGCCUCCCUUUAAGGCUUCACGUGGUAAUAAUGCAAAGAAAAUGAAAGUGGGGUGACAAGUGUGUUGUUUAUUUACUGUCACAAUCACAGUGUGACUGAAUGGCAUCAUGUGAUCAUGUUUUGUCACUACAUCUCCAAAUAAACAAGUCGUUUGACUGCUUGU